AUGACUUUACCACACUUGAAGAAUAAGCUCUUCAUCAAUAAUGAGUAUGUUGCCUCCAGAUCGGGCGAGGUCCUAACGGUUCGAAGUCCUCGAGAUGAGAGCAUUUUGGCGGAAGAUAUUCCUCGCGCCGGUAAGCUGGACGUAGAUGAUGCAGUGCAGGCGGCACAAGCAGCCUUCAAAACUAGCUGGGGGAUCAUUUCCGGAAACGAACGAGCAAAGAUAAUGCUCAAAUUCGCGGACAUCUUGGAGGAAAACGCGGCUCUACUGGCCGGACUUGAAAUGAUGGCAAUGGGCCAGCCGAUCAGCGUUGCAUUGGAGCUAGCCAAGAUGGCGCCAGCCAUGUUCCGCCACUAUGCAGGGUAUUGCGACAAAAUAUAUGGCGAAGUGCUUCCAGAAGACGGCAACGAACAGUAUAGUUUGGUACAAUAUCAACCCAUAGGAGUUUGCGCUGGUAUCGCGGCUUGGAAUGCGACACUGGUGUUCUUUGCCGUCAAAGUCGCUCCUGCUCUGGCAGCAGGGAAUACUUUUAUCUUCAAGCCAUCUGAGAAAUCCCCAUUAGCAGCCCUUGCCUUAGGAGAUCUGAUUGCGUGCGCCGGGUUUCCCCCGGGCGCCAUCAAUAUCGUGACCGGCAGCGGGGAGACAGGAUCACUCUUAGCAUCGCAUAUGCUCAUUCGCAAAAUAAGCUUCACUGGAUCUCUUGCUGCGGGACGAAAGGUGCAGCAGGCUGCUACUGCGAGCAAUUUGAAAAGUGUCACUUUGGAAUUGGGCGGUAAAUCUCCUUCCAUCAUAUUUGAGGACGCCGACAUGGAGAACGCUGUGAACCAUUCAUCUUCGAGCUUUCUGUUGAACUCCGGGCAGAUUUGCAUAGCAGCCUCUCGAAUCCUGGUCCACCAGAAGAUUGCAGAGGCCUUCACAUCGCAUCUUCAGGCACGGUUUGAAGCACUGGCUCACGCUAUGGGAGACCCAGAGUCUCCAGAGACGUUCCUUGGGCCCCUGGCUGAUCGCGCCCAGACUGAAAGCGUGUUGGAAUUCUUCAGUCAAGGUCGGAAAGAUGGCGUGCAAUUUCUCAUCGGAGGAACCAAGCACGAGAAAGGAGGAAAUUAUGUCCAGCCUACCAUUAUGGUCGGCGGGCGGUUGGAUUCAGUCACUUGGACGAAGGAGAUUUUUGGACCGGCACUCUCAAUAAGGACGUUUGAAACCGAGGAAGAAGCUAUUCAGCUAGCCAAUGACACCAGCUUUGGUCUGUCGGCAUGUGUGUACACGAGCGACAUUGCGCGUGCCCUGAGGGUUAGUGGGUUGAUCGAGGCUGGAAAUAUAGCCAUCAACUCAGCUUAUCGUCCGGGACACACCGUCCCGUUUGGUGGUUGGAAAGAGAGUGGGAAUGGUGCCAGAGAAGGCGGCCUGGCCGGUUUGAAGAGUUACAUGGAGACUAAAUCUAUCCUCAUCAAUAUGAAGGUUGGGCGCAGAUGA